AACAGAGUGACAAACAUCGCAGACUUAAGAAAAAACAAGGUACCUUUGAUGCUGACAAUUGCGCAGUCUGGAAACAAAGUUUAUUACAUUACCGUAUAUCAAAGGCGUAUCGGAACAAAUCUCUAGGGAAAACUUUAAGGUGAGUUAUAAACCGAUUAACACCCUACACACAUCCACUUCCCAAAGCCAAAGGAUCGGGUUGACCGAAGGUCGUAACCAAACUUCGCAUUGACAAGCCAUCCAAUAUUUCUUUAGUGGUAUGGUUUCUCCAGCUAUAGACAAUCUAUACUGUCGUAAGACAAGUUUUUUCCGUUGAUCAAAUAUUGUUAUUUGAAAAAUAUGCUCUAGCGUCGAGUAUUUUGUGUAUGUAUAUAACUUCCAUUAACUUGGGGCGUCUUAUUUCAGCAAGUUUUCUCAACUCUCAUGCCCCGGUCAAACGAGAACCGAAGAGUUGCAUGAGAGUUGACUGGAUGUUACCGUGCGAUAGCAAAAACUCUUAUCAACUUUCAUUAAAAUUUGAACCAGUGCAAAGUCAAUGGGAUUUGACGAGAGUGCAUGACAGGCGAUGAAAGGUGGCGGUAAAACGUGAGCGAGAUUUGCAACUCUCGUUCUCGUUUGACCGGGGCUAGCUUAAGAAAGUGAAACAUACCUGAGCGCAGUUAAUUUUAAAAUUUAUCUCUUUUGUUGAGCGUUUUCCACGAUGUGUGUGGACUUCCAAGUCGUAGUUAACUACAUUGUAAUCCAGGAAACAAAUCUAUAGCUGGUUGAUUCCGUUUGCCACAGAAAAUGAGCAGAAAUAGAUUUAUAAAAAUCGCCAAUGCUUGAAGUUGCAUUCUUGAGAAGCAUGCCUUUUGAAAUUCGGUCAGCUGCGGGGGCGAAAACUUCCUAUGUUUGAUAGUAUAUAAAUCAAUAAAUGUGUCCUUGAUACACCAAGGUAAUGGACUUGCAGUCUAAAAUAACUUAAUUUGGGACUUUAUUAGUCCUGUUGUCUGUGCCUUCAAUUUCUUAUUGUAAAACUAAUAAAAAAAAAUAAGUAUCUGGAUUGUCAAUUAAAUAUAAAUUAUGUGUAACGCAGCAUAUCUUUGCAAUCUGUGAGACAACACAUUUCAGAUUAGCUGAAGCAACAUCAGCACUGAAUAUCUUAAUCAUGGGGGGCAGAGACUUCCUGUUUUGAAAACUUUUAAUUGCUAAGCGAUUACUGCGUUCUGAGUAUUGGAAGUCGGUCGUAACUGCAUGCCAUCACAUGGCAUAACCAUAAAAAGUAUAAAAGCAAGGUAGGAAAAAUGAUAAAACUCUUUAUAUAACCAUGUACGUAUAUCGUUGAUUGAUUAUAUCUACCACUAUAUGCAACUAUAUAUAUAUAUAGCAGAUUUCCCCUCAUUAUAAUGUUAUAUAUACAUGCCAUAUUAUAGCUUCGUGUAUUUAUAUAUAUAGUUGUCUUCGUAAAGAAACGGCUAUAAACUAUAACCCGUAGUACAAAACACAAGAUCUAUUCUGGAAGAACUACAGCUGAACUGAGAAGCCAUGUUGACUUUGGAAAUCACCAAAAUCGCAUUAACAGAAAACACCAAAACGAUAUAUUGUAUGCAUGGUCUUCUCUGUAAAACGCCGUGCUUGUUGCGCAAAAAAUGGCUUUUUUUUUGAAAACUUAAGAAUUAAUUAAGGUAGUAAGGAGGCUAUAAAGUAACGUUAUAAUUAUAUAAUUUAUUUAAGGUCUUUCCUGAAUAAUUUGUUGAAUGCCAUGCAUGAAUUAUCGCGUGAAAUACAUGUCGACAGAAACUCGUGAAAAUAUUUUAUAACUCGACAUUUAAUAUUUAAAAAUUUAUAAAUGGAUGUACUAACUGCACAGCACCAGUUAUCCUUGAUCUAUAUCUUUUCUUUACAUUAACAUCAUGGCAGCACAAUAUAUACGUUAUAUUUCCUAUGUUUUGAUAUUGAACCGCUAUAUGUAAGAUUUUCAGCAAAUUAGGAGAAUUUUGUUUACGCGGUUAAAACAACUCAAUCAACAUUGACGUCGUCUCAUUUUUCUUCAUGGAUAGCUGUAAUCAGGCUCACAAAAUUUGGUUACUGGUUACCACAAAACUGCAUGCAGAUAAUGGUUGAAACUGAAACUACUAUUUACCGUGAAUUUCAACUAACUUUUUAAUGAAAAUGUUCCGAAUUUAAUUCCGAACAACGGAGUUUAAAAGUUCCUAAUGAAAUUCACAAACAAGUUUGCAAACUGCGCAUUUUAUUGCGUGCUUUCUUCUGGUGAAUUCAAUAUGAACUUUUGAACUUCACAACGGUGAACGAAUUUGUGAAGUUCCGAGCAUUUUAAUUUGUAAUGAACUUUCUGAGAAAAACUUUGGAAAUAUUAUGGCUGUCAACAGUUUCAAGUAUAUACACGAAAUCCUGUGCGGGAAACUGUCCUAAACUAUAUAAUAUCUGGACUAUAAAUACGAGAUUCGUUGUUUGGAACAAUUCACAAUCUUAUGCGCCAUUCCGCGUCUGCGCAUGCCAUAAUCCCGUGGUAUAAAUGCUUGUAUACAGCGAUGGUUUUUCAAAAAUCCCGUUGCCAAUUUGGUGACGGCUACGAGAUUUGAAGCAGUCAGUGCAUCAUGGCUUAACAAGAUGGCGUAAGAAUAUAACGAAUAUAUCUCGAUCGGAGUCGUCCUCGUUGCCAAAUCUACAGCUCUCUACUAGGAGCUUAAGCAAACCGUUUUUGGCCAAAGGUACGCCAACCGGCCGCUAUAUUAUGGCGAGUGAUGGCGAUAGCAGUUCUUGCUUGAAAUGAAGAACGGCAGGCAAGGCAGUUUCACGUUCAACGGCUGUCGCCAUUACUCGCUAUAUAUAUACCUGUUCGAUGGACCGGUUGGCGUACGUGUUCUGCUUCGUGCGUUUUAAGUGAUUUUUCGACAAUCCAUUUUAAAUUAAUCACUUUGGAAUCUAUUCACUAUUAUUUUUCACCCUGCUCGGUUUCCUUUGUUCUUAUCGGGGAAUAUAUUCAAUAUUCCGCUCUAAUCAAUUUCCCUUUAAUAAUCCCCUCUAAUAUUCACCUGCAAUUAAUAAUCCCUCUAAUAUUCACCUGCAAUGUCUUUGCAGCACAAAAAAAUGAGAAAAAACAACAUAAGGCAAUAUGGCAUUAAGAAUUAUUUCUUUUCUGUCUCAUUAACGCGACCUCGCAAUGUGAAAAAUAAGUACGUUAUUUUGAGGCACCUCGGGGAUAUGUGUUUAUUCACCUGAGCGCCUGGGUGAAUAAAUCACAUAUCGCCUCGUUGCCUCAAAAUAACCCAUAUACUCACUAUGCUAAAUCAACUAUUGUUCAACUGCGCCACUUAAAUAAAUAGACGACCUACUUGACAGAUGUUUUCUAACUUUUGUUGCGUUACUGUGACACAUAGAAAUAAUAGACAUAGAAUGCGUGCUCCUAUCUUUUCUCAGUAAAAAAUUUGUCUCCACAAAAUGGCGCAUUGAAAAGGGCAUUUUGGUUGGUCCCAGACUCCUGAGGCAGGGAAUUUCGCGCGGUUGCACGGAGUGCGAAUUAUUUUUUCAACUGAAAAGUUUGCAAAAAAUUUUAUAUCGGGACUUAAAAUGGAAAAAAAAGUUUGGUAAACUAAGGAAAAGUGUCUAAAAACCCAUUCCAGUGGGUUUUUUUACGAAAAGCAAUAGUUCUGAACAGAAUAUAUGCAGAAAUCGUCGUUUAAAAAUAAAUUUUCAACGUUAUGUUGUUGUGCAAGCCAAAACAAAACACAAAAGAUCAAGACAAACUCAAUAGGUAUGUUCUACAAAUAUUUCAACUCUUUUACAAUAUAAAUGGAGUUCAAUAAUCUUUUUAAACUUACACAAUUAUAUAUUUCAUAUUUUUCUACGUUGCUUGAGCUUGAGGCAACGCUUUUGAAACCAUGAUUUUCGACGAUUAUUUUUAGGCAAUUUUACAGUUUAUCGACAACUAUAAAAUGUUUCAAGAACAUGAAAACACUUCGUUUACAUUGCAGAAAAACGAAACCCGACGAAGAAAGAACUAUCAUUUUGUAAUCUUAUAAGAUAUUGGCAAAACAGUUACGUUUAGAGCAUGCAAAAAUGUUUUGAGUAAAUUAUAUUUUCGCGAAACUACUUUGCUUUUAAAAGGCUGCACGAUUUUCACUGUUUUCAUAGAGUUUUGUAACUGCACAUUUGCUUUGACAGUUUGUGCCUUCAAGGAACUCAAAAUCUAUCCCCAAACUGCAAAUUAGACAACAAAACAAAACGUUUUGACGAUGAAAACGUAGUUUUAGCUUUGUUUAUACUUUGUUGUUUGCACUCCUGGCCAAAAUUCAAUAUGGCGCAUUCAAAAGGGCACGCACCUGAAAAAGUGGAGACAUGGUUCGUCAUUAGCACGCAUUCUAUGUCUAUUAUUUCUAUGCUGUGACACUACAAAAUAUAACUUGUUUAUGAGCCUAUACAAACCCCUAGUAUAAUAUUUUUAUAAAAUCAUUGCAAGCUACUUAAAGUUUUUUUUUGUCUUUUCUUUAUAUUUUAUCACAAUAUCUUAAUUUUUAGAAAUUUAGCAGCUUUUGUAAAAAUUAGUUUGUUUAAAUAAAGUCAAUCAUCAUAUGCAUGAUGCUGCCACUAUAAUUAAUUUGUCUCUCUCUUGAAUACUUCUAUUAAGAACUGACAUGUGACGGUGUUACCACAAAACAAUAUCAAUGUGGAUUCAGACUUUUCUAAGUGCACAUCAUAGUAUAUAGUGCCAAUUUACUCUUGAAAUAAAUUGAGGUCAAUAAGGCGAAACAUGAAGCUGAAGUCGGUAUUAUUACCUAUCAAUCCAAAAUAAGACCAAUUCUCGAGUAUGCAUCACCUGUCUGGGCGGGACUCCCUAAUUACCUGCGAGAUGAAAUAGAGCGGGUUCAAUCCAGGAGCUUAAGAAUCCUUGGCCUGGAAAAAGAUUACCUGCCACCGUUGAACGAAAGGGAAGAGGCAACUAGUCGAGAAGUUGAUAGGUUUAUGAACGAUCCAAACCAUCCCUGUCACAGUGUUUUGCCAAAAUUAAUUAACAAUCAGUACAAUUUAAGGAACAUUGACCGGAAUCGCAAUAUAUCAUUCUUCUCAGGAACUGAAAGGCAUAAACAUUCUUUUUCAGGAAGAGCUUGUAAAUAUGUAUAAAUACUUUUAACUUAUUAGAACUUAUUAGAUUAAAGAACUUAUUAGUUUUAACUUCUUAGUUAGUUUUCUAAAUUAUCUUACAACAAUUUGUAAUAUAAAGACAUAUCCACAGCAUAUAUACUUUCUUAAACAAGUAAUUGUAAGUCCAUUGUACUUUUUAUCAUAAGAUGGAUGAAUAAAGCUAUUAUAUUAUUAUAAAAAAAACAUCCGUAUUUAUAUAAAACGUAAAAGAUACGCAAAGAAAAAAGUUCCCUGAUGACAGAGGUCGCUAUUUGUGCAGGUAAGGGGAAGAGACCUUUGCCUAGAUCUGACACGUUUUCUGUCGCGCAUAUGCGAAAUUGCCAUGACAACGAGUGAUGUUUACCACGUGAUAUCAAACCGGUUUUUGUGGGAGCAACUUGGUAAUUCAAAGACUUACCGUAGUUUGAAGGCAAACAAAUGUAUCUCGGCCCGAUAAAACAGAAAAGAUUGCUUUCUUUUGAUCUUCUGUCACUGCAUGCUUUCACAGUUUCAUCUUUGAAAAUAUCAAUUACAUAGCUUAGAGCACUUUCAAACAACAUGAAAAACCUCGAAAUGACCACGCUGUGCAAGCCGCCAUUUUGACACUACGGGCUCAAUGUCAUUAUAGCGUAAUUCAGCUCUGAGCAUGCGUUCUAUUUGUUUUUCUAAACCGGUUUCAGAACUUGUUUUACAAACUGGUUUGACUCGUCCACGAUCAUGGACUGAGGAAGUGUCAGAUCUAGGCAGACGUCUCUUCUCCUUCGCUUCCCAGCACAAAUAGAGACCUCCGCCAGCAGGGAAAGAAAAAAGCUGCUUUGGGGGAAGUACUUUAUGUAUGCCUAUUACAAGGUCCCAAAAAUAGCGAGAGGGAGGGACACUAUAUGUAUGUAUCUAUUACACUGCAUUACCCUGCAUUAGACUGCAUCAGGGUGCAUUAGCAUGCAUUAGACUGCAUCUUAGAUCAUAAUACUAAUUGUGUCUUUGUUAAUUAACAUGCAGCCUACAUUCCUCAAUUAUCAGCAAAAGAAAAAUCCACCCACCAAAAUGGGCCUCGUGGCCAGAGUCUUUUUGGUAUGGCGCGCGAGCUGAGGGCCUUGGUAAAAUAUGCUGAACAACGUUAUGUUGCUGACUACAAUUAGCGCUGGCACUUACGAUUUUCUUGCUUAAAAUAUACAUGUUCUGUUUAUUGUUUGUAUAUUUAUCACUCAAAUUUUAACAAAUUUUACGAAAAAAUACUUCAAAUUUUAGCUGUGAAGUAUAUUGAUCACUCAAAGUUUUAACAAAUUUUAUGAAAAAAUACUUCAAAUUUUAGCUGUGAACACACGUACAGAAAACUUUUCAACAUUCUGAUUCAUAUUGUAUCAAUUUUCAAAGAAUGGAGCUCAUAUUUGUAACAUUGUUUUGUUGGCUGUAGCAACCCUAUGAUUAUCUUAAUACCGGACAUACAACACCAAAGCAAAAUGAAAGCAUGCUGCUCUGCUUUACAUAGAAAACAGAAUAAAUUUUUUAAGCAUUUCUACUGUUACUUGUAAUGAUAAUCAUAACUGAUGAGGAAAUAGGAGUCUUUCUAUAUGUUAGUGAUGUGUUCUUACAGUUCAUAAUAUUAGAUUUGAUUGACAGGCAUAUCGAUUUCGACCAAUGGGAAUUUUGCGUUGUGUGGGCAACGCGUAACAGUUCGUUUCUUGGUGUGUUGUUGGCAGUUUCUUGAUGUGUUGUCCCAAGGGCCUACUCGCAGUCUAAUUAAGCCUGAAAUAGUUUGAAACUUGUGUGAAAAUAAAUUCACUAUAAAUGUACAGUACGUACUUUGAUAUACAGUACCAUCAAUCAAUAUAAUUUCAUAUUCCAACACUGUCAGUGUUUAUUAAAUAUACGAAGGUUCCCAAAAUUCCUAAAAUUUGUUAAAACUUUGAUAAUAAAUACAAACAAUAAAACAAAAGAGGUAUAUUUUAAGCAAGAAAAUCGUAAGCGCCAGUGCUAAUUGUAUAUUCAGCAACAUAACGUUGUCGUUAUUGCGCGUGCCAUAAAUCUCCAAAAAUCUUGUAGAUUUCAGCGUAUUUUACCAGGGUCUUCCCUUCCAAGAAGACCCUGGGCCCGAGGUUGACCCAAACCCUACAACACUUUGCCCGGUGCUUAAUCGGGGGCGACGAUUGGACGAGUAUAUAAACGCUGACAUUUUGGAACAAUCAUGGAACGAGAUAAGCAACCUUUUGACACUUUACUCUCGUCCUUGACAAUCGCGACAAUUGACCCUCGACCAAUAUGGCAUUAGAUAAACUCCACACGCUUCUAUAUAAUAGCUAUGUAUAUAAAGUAUAAUUUAUGACGGCCAAAAGUAUAAUAGCCAUCGGGUAUUAUUUGGUGUUACCCUGUGGAAAUAAAGCCAUUACUAUUAAUAUGAUAUAAACCUAAGUAAAAUAAUUUCUUUGUUGCAGUACUAGAUGGUAGUCAUUAAGCUAUUGUGCAUUUUAAACCUCGACAUUUUUAACCUCGUCCUAGACACAUUUGACUUUCGGCUAAAAAAAGAUAAACUGCGUAUGUGUGUGGUCAUGUAAGUUUGUAAUAUAGAAAUGAGGACGAACUGUACAAGCAGAACACCUUUGUUUAUACUCACUUCGUUUUACUGCAGAUUGAUAGAAAAAAAGAGAAAAGCUCAGACAUCACGUGCUGGGAAUUUAUGCUGAAUACAAGAUAUGAAAGUAAAGACAAUGAAUAUCGUGUUGGUUUACAUUGUAAUCUUAUCAUUCCAACAAGAUCAGGUUAGUGGUUGGCGACGAAGAAGAAGAAGACGUUCAUGUAGCCCCGUCAACUGUCAGUGGGGCUCAUGGUCAUCGUGGAGUGUAUGUAGUCAUAGAUGCGGCAGUGCGGGAGUACAGACACGGACAAGAAGCAUAAGACAAAGUGCAUCUUGUGGAGGUUCAUCAUGUUCAGGUCUGUCAUCAUAUUCCAGACCAUGUAACAGAGGUGCAUGUCAUAACGGAGGAACCCCCGUGUAUGGUCGAUGCUAUUGCACGCCAGGUUGGACAGGAACCUGCUGCGAGUCAGGUGAGUAAAGAUUACUGUUGCAAUUUCAUACCUGUAUAAUUACACAAUUUGAUAUACAGUCAACUCGCUAUUACGGACACCUCGCUAUUGAGGACAGCUAAUAAGUCCGAAACUACUAUGAAAUGCAUUGAAAUAACGCUCGCUAUUACGGACUUUCAUUGUUACGGAAUUACAGACACUUCAUGUCGUCCCAAGCAAACAUUUUUAUUGUUCUAUUCUUGUUACAAUGGACACGUUGGACUACUGUGCCGAGUGAAAGAAGUUAAAGAUAUUUGACAUAUGUUAUAACGUAUAUUUUUUGCAUGAAAUAAACUAUUUUCAAUAAAACCUUGUAUUGGAUACUUAUGUAUCACAGUGAAUGUAAACUGCAUGGAAAUUGAAUAAACUGGUCAUUUUUAGAAGAAAAGGGCGGGAAUACAUUGUAGUGACAUUUUACAACCUCGCGCGUCGCUCAAUAAACCAAAAAAUCGGAUACGCCGAAUAGUUAAUUACGUUCACUUGCAAACCAUGGCAACUAUUCAGUGUAGAACAUAUUUUUCCUCCUUGUUUGCGAAGACAAACCAUAUUGUCCAUUGAACUUGUCUUCGUGUUUGUUGGGAAAUUUGAGCACAUAUUUAAGUUGUAAGUGUUAUGAAUAUUGUAUAAGAAUGUCCACAAAAGAAAUGAUUUAUUAUUGAUCUUAGCUUUGGGAUAUCUUCAAAACCAAGCGAUUUCAUUGGUUAAGAGUUAUGAUUACUUUGUUUUUUAUAUACGACAUAAGAAUUAUGGUACUCGACGCAAUUUUUUCUGAAAAAUAGUGCGACACAUAAAUUGGUUAACUUGGUCCGCAUUUAGGGACUGGUCAUAAUUUAGCAGGAGGGGUGGGGAGGUGGAAACAGUGGGGGGGGGGAAAGAAAUAGCCAGGAAAUAGGGGGGUUCAUAAAAUAUUAGACAGCUUAUGAAGGCGGGGAGAGGGUCUGCUGUUUUAGUUCAAUUAAUUGUUUUAUACAUGCCUUCUCACAUUUUGUUUGAGUUGCAUUAAAAAUUGAUUCUUUAAACUUAGAAUGAAAAGUUUGAAAAAACUAAAGUUUUAUAUAUGACUAUGUAUUUUAAUUUGGUAUAAUAUAAAUUUUAGUAUUUGAUUUAAAGCGCAACUAGAAAAUUAGAAAAUUUAAAGUGCAAUUAGAAAAUUUAUUGAAUGCAGAGUUUAGUAGUAGGUAGGUACAUUUUUACUGACACAAGCAAGAGAGAGGGAGGGGGCAUUAUUUUUCCGGAUUAUGGCAAAGCAGGGUCACAAAAUAUUAUUCCUUAAAAUUUUGAAUUACACCUCCCCACCCCCCUAAUAAAUUAUGACCAGUCCCUUGGUACAUUGAAAUGUACAACCUUGAUAUUAAAAGUCUGUUUAAGAUUAAUGAGCAUUUCUACAACUCGUCUUAAUUGAUUUCGACUGCUCGACCCUAAAUCCGGCUGGCACAAAGUUGAAUAAUUCAUUCAUAACAAAUUUUCUAUGCAAUUUCAGACUUAGACGAAUGCAGUUCAAGCAGUCCACCGUGUCAACAUAUCUGUCAUAAUGUUUUUGGCAGUUACACCUGUAGAUGUCACGACUGUUACACAAAACUUGGCGGUAAUUGUGAACUGCGACAAUGCAAGAUUGGUGGAAAAUGCUUCCAAUACGGACAUGUAAAUCCAACUAAUCAGUGUCAGGUAAAACACCAUCCUAAAUCAGUGUCGGGUAAAACACCAUCCUAACCCAACUGUGCGCGAAACACGAGGGUAAACGUAUAUAUAGUACGCCUGUAUAUAUGUGUUGCGUAAAACUUAUUAAUUUAGUGUUUGAAAAAAUAUUAAUUCCUUGCGACGAAAAAAAACCCGAUUCAACAAGAAAAUAUUUUCAUGUUAAUCAGCAGAAAUUGCACCACUUGGAAGAGCGAAACGAAAUGGAUACGAUUACAUCAUUUCAUAUGUAAACACAAGCCCUCUUAUCCGGUAUGGUUUUUGUGUCACUACGCAAGCUAUCGGAUACAAAGUAAACAUAGCCCAAGAUUUUCACUAUGUAAGAUAUUGUUCAGGUAUUAUUCCAAUUAUGUAUAGCGCUCACUUGUGGAGGUCGUGCGCAUCGAAGCGCUAGCGCUUCGCUCUUCCUAGUGGUGCGUGUUGUGCCGGAUUGGUUUUUGUAACACUCUCACCUAUCUAAACCUAUCCACCCCGCCUUUGGCUCUUUUAGAGAAAUACCCUAUUGGCGCUACAAUCCCUUUACCUUAAAUUGGAUUCAUGAUUUUCUAAGCGACCGAAAGCAAAGAGUUAAAUUGGAGAACGACAUCUUUUCAUGUUGGGAUGAGAUUCUGGCAGGCGUACCUCAGGGAACUAAAUUACGGAUGAUUAAUGACUUAAAAGUAAAGUCAUCAAACGGUAAUGCGAUUUUCGUUGACGAUACAACAUCCUUUAAAAUCGUAGAAAAACAUGAGCAAAGCACCGUGCAAGUUAUUGUUGACGAAAUAUCUGAUCGGAUUGAAUAAGACCAUCUAUCUAUAUCUAUUUCAUUGUAAUAUAAACACCAAUCGUAGCAAUUCUGGGUUCAAUUCGUGAUUCAAGAUGGCGAAAUUUACAAAAAUACAAAUUGUUUAUUUUCCUUGUUUUUUUUUGUCAUUUUUGUUUUGUGGUACAUACUAAAACAUUCGCGUCUCGGUCCUGGCACUAUUCACCUCUACUUUGGUGAAUAAUAUAAUUGUCAAAUAUCCUCAUAUUUCGCACGCAAAUAUCGAAGGGAAGUAUAUAUUUGUACGUGAAAAAUGAGCAUGCUACCUCUUUUGUCGAAAUAAAUAUUUUUACCAGGAAUUAUGUCCAGGGACGAAACUUGAUGGGGGGGGGGGUGUGGGUGGAGUGUGACACCCCCAAAGUACAAAUCAUCUGGAUUGGCAAAAUAAGGGUUACGUGCAUGUUUUAACAGGAAUUUGUCAGAAAAAAAUUUUUUGAUCCUUAAUUUAAUUGGUUUAUGUCCGGAAAAUUUUUUUCGCCCGUUUUUUAAAUGACCGGAAAAAAUUUUUUCGACCUUCCCCCCCCACACCUCCCUCCCCUCGCCAACAUUUUUGGGAGAAAUAGUGGCCAAAAAAAAUUUUGCUGCAGGGCAUCAUCGGCUUUCGCAGAGCAAUUCUAGCAGACACCCCCCUCCACCAAUUAAAAGGGGCUAGUUUCGCCCCUGAUUAUGUAAUUUAAAUAACAGUCAUCUUAUCAAAUAAACACAAGAUCAUGCACUUAAUUACCAAGAGGUUACUUAAUUACGACUUUUAAUAAUUAAUAUUUAGGAUUGUCAAACAUAUCGUAAAACAAUUUGGACAAACAACAAUGCGCUAUCCUGCAGUGAUAAUAAUUUGUGUACGAGAAAUGAUAAAUGCGUCGACGGCACAUGCAAAGGAACACCGUUCACAUGCCUUGGGUGUCAACGUUGCAAUGGAGAUCGAUGUAUGAUCAAACCUGGUUUCUGUGUGAUCGAUGGAAUAUGUUACAGCCAUAGGAAUUUGCGACCUGGGAAACCUUGUCAGGUGUGUUUACAUUUUAUAAGGUAGGAAAUGUUUACGAAGUACCCUUUUCUGGUACCUAAGCUAAAAAAGAUACCCGUAGCACCCUCCAACUUUGCAUUGCUUUCUAUGCCCCUGACAACACACGCAUUACAAGUCCCCCAUAUACCUUGUGCACACGUCUGUUGAAUUUCAAAAAUAACUCUUCAUUCCUUGAACCCAAAUUCAUAUCAUCCUCGUUCCCACGGCUUUUCGGCUGCCUGCGGCCAAGAAGCCCUGGGAACGAGGAUGAAUUCAUAUCUAAAUAUACAUAAUGACAAUUAUGUAAAAGGGGCGUGUCUGUAACAACACUAUAACGUCUAUUCGGUAACUAUAUAGCUGUUUAAUAACGUUUAAUGCAUUUAUUCUUAGGAAUGCAACAGCAACAACCCCACAACAUGGACGACAAAUAACAACCUUGUGUGCAGUGACAAUAACGUAAUGACCAGAAAUGACCGGUGUACAAAUGGAAAAUGUCGAGGAGAGCCAUUCACGUGUUUAACAUGCCAGGAUCAUCAUAACGACACAUGCCGAAUAAAAUCUAGCUAUUGCCUCAUCAACUAUAACAAUGUCGACACAUGUUUUACCGCUACUACGGAAAAACCAGAAAAUCCAUGUCAGGUAAAGGAAAAAUAUGUUCCAAAGUUAAAUUUGAGAGACGUCGACCAAUCAGUUUUGUUCAUUUGUACUAAGGGAAUAAUUAUAGUUUACUAAAUAAAAUUGAGCAAUACACAAACAGAUCACAUGGUUUCGGCGCUAUUCUUAUUUAGGUGAAUUAACUUAACUUCCCUACUACUCUCACUAUAGUCAGUGUGUUCACCUGAACUGCAUGAUGUCCCAACAAAGAAGGCUAUGAAGGAAGGGGGAAGGGGUUGAAUGAAAUUUCCUCGAUCAAUCAGUCAGACAACUCCUUGACCUGUGAAACCUCUUUCCAGCAACAAAAUUGUUGAUGCAAAUCCCAUUUCUAGUGCAUGAUCACAGCUACCAAUUUUCUAGAUCGCGACACUUGAGAGAUGAUGUCAACGGUCAGAGGCUUGUCCGGAGAUAAUGGCCGUUCAUGCCAGUCUAAAUGCCCACAACUAUCGAUAACUCACGUUUUAACUUCCCAGCAAAAGCUUUAUUUUUAAAACUCUUUCAGUGGUGUCUUCCUGAAGCGAGUACUACAACAUGGACAAACAAGCAUGACGUUCCUUGCGACGACGGAGACAGUUGCACAAAGUCAGACACAUGUAAACAUGGACAAUGUGAAGGGAUAAGUUUUACAUGCAAUAAUGAUUGUCAAUCUUGCAAUGGCAGUGACUGUGGUUUACACAUUGGGUAUGGAUAUGUAGCGGAUAACUGUACUUGCAAAAUAGCAGGUACGUCGCGAUAUAAAUAAAGUCCGUUCUGCGCAUCAGUUCUGCUCAUAACAAAGGGGGGACCAGCAGAUGUAAAUAUUGCCCAAAUUUUGCAUCUUUCGAACUUUUUUAAUUGAAACGUACCUUAGUUUAUAUUUAUUUACAAUAACGAACCAGAAAAGUGUUAGAUAUUCAGUUAGUAUAUCAUAUUUUACAAAUAUAGCAGUUCAAAAUGUAAGCAAAGCGUUUGUUUACAUUAUAGAGUUUACAGCAUCUUUAAAUAGUUAUUUAUAAUUUUUCUACAAAAAAUCUCAUGCAAAAUGUCUCACAGUUAUAAGCAUGCAACAAGAAGUUGCCUAAAUUGAUGUCCCAUAUGUUUUAGAUCUACAAAAUUCUUAAAUUACAAAAAAAUGACCAGUUAUUUCUUCAGGAAGAGACUACAACCAUCAACAGCUGAACCCAAGUAAUGAAUGUCAAUGGUGCGACAUAUAUGACAAAACAUCCAAACCAAUUCUCGCAUGGUCUAACCGACCGUCAGUUGUUUGCAAUGAUAACAAUGCCUGUACAAAGCAAGAUCUCUGUCAAAAUGGAUACUGUGUGGGUACCGAGUACAGCUGUCAAGCAUCCUAUCCGCAGUCCAGUUGUGUACAAACUUCUCAAUGUGUUGGUGAUGGAACAUGUAGGUAUAUCAUGAAGAACAACGGAACAAUAUGUCGUGCAGCUAUUGACAUGUGCGACCAAUCAGAAAGGUAAGAAAGUAGUAUACACUGUGUGUAGAUUAGAAUUCUUACACACUUGAACCUCUCCUUGCAGAAUACAGACACCUCCCGUCAGCGCACUCCAUUCUUGGAUACCGACCAAACGUCUAUUAUAUCACUACAUUUACGACCAGACCCGGUGUUGAUAUACUUUGGGUGGAUUAAGUGUAUAAAAACAUCUGUUUAGUAUAGGUUAUAAUUACAAACAUAAUGAAGGAAGACAAAAAUGCAUCAUUACUUUGGUGAUAAAUAUUCCGUCCACAAUUAGGAUAUAUUAUUAGACUGAUCAAUUAUAUAUUAAUGAACCCAUCAUAAGCGGAAACCUCCCUCCCGUAAACGGACACCAUGACUCGGUCGACUGUAGACUUGGUCGACAGAUUGAAAGAGAGUGGGUGAGUAUUGAACAGUGGCUUUAUUGAUAAAACUCAUAUAGAAGAAGUGAGAAUUGGUAAGUAGAAGUGGAGAUAGGCAGAUUGGUAUGUGUAUUGUAGUACGUAGAUAGUAAUGCCAGGAAUUUAGAUGGAUGUGUCAGGAAAAAGCGCAGAGUUGGUCACACAAUGCAUUUUCAAUACCGUACUAAUUGCACACAUUCCGCACUUUCGUAGAUGCAACGGUGUAAUUGGAACAUGCCCGCCAACAGCUAUCAAUCCAAUAUACCUUCAAGAAGGUCAAGCAAGGAUAACAGUUUCGAACUUCGCGAAAACUGUUACAUUCCAGUCAAGCACAGACAAAUUACAUCUCCAACUCAGCGGCUUUUCUGUCACUUGUGGUUCACUCACUGUUAGAUGGUCUUUAAUAAAAGCUGAAAACAGUUGCUACCUUGGCAGAAAUAAUGCAACACUUUCUUCAAAUACAAAUAAUCAUAUUCUCACCGGCCUUAAUUUGCAGAACACAGACACGUAUAAAGUCGUUGUUCAGGCAAGCAAUAUUCGCGAACAACUUGGGUUACCAGUGUGCAGUAAUGACGUUACCAUAGAUACUGGCAUUAAUGAUGGGCGAUUACCGAUAUAUUAGUUGGUAUCGAUACCACCCUUAGUGUUUCGAUUACUUUUAAAAUUAGACAUUUAUUAUAAUCCUGUAGUUGUGUCAUCGUUUUCAUGGUUAUUUCUAAUAAAACUUAUGUACUUUUUUGUAUUUUGCUGCAUUUAUCAAUUUAAUCAAACUUCCUUUACUUUGUUUGACAUUCUAUCUGUUAGAAUAUGCUCCUGAUAUUCUGUUGACAAUAAUAAGAUUAUAGUUCAUGAAUGACAUUGAUUACUAUAAGUAUGUAUGUAAAAUGUAAUCUCUGGAUACCACAAAUUCCAGUACUCCAUGUACCAAACUGUAUACCAUGCAUUUUAGUAAUAGAAUGUGAUUUAUAUAAUAACUACAGUGAAACACGCAAUUUGAUUGGUCAACAGCCGUGCAGGAUCAGACAAUCCUGCACGGGAAAUUCUGAACAGAAAUUCUUGCACAUAAUUUUACAAAUAUACUCGCAUUGUAAAGUUUCAUUGUACCAUACCUUUCGACUUUGAAGUAAGUUUGCAAUUAUUGUGUCGUUGGUUUAGUUGUAUGAAUAAAUUUCUGAUCGAUACAUUGCUGUUCAGCAAGUAGCAACGCGUAGCGUUGAAAUUCAUCAGAUCAUGGCAUGCAAGUACAACAUCUCUUGCUUCAAAGUUGAUCAAACGCUUCGCAAUCUUCACAUAUUCAGGUCGAGAAUCUUGAAAACUACUUUGGCUCUCUGUUUAGCGGGUUUUCCAUUUCAAAUUUCGUAUAUUUUAUCGAAAAAGUCCCUGUAUUUUCGCUGUAUAUUUUCGCGAAUUUGCGAUCAAAUUCUGUUCACAUAUGUUAUUGUUUUCAAUAGCGUGAAGAAGCGAUUCUCUGAUUGGUUAAUUCACGAAUGUUGUGAGAACUGCACAUUUCAUCAGUAAUUUUAAUCAAGUUAAGCGUCGUUUCACUGUAGUAAUUUUAUAAAACAAUUACCAAAUGGUUUUCCCGUACAAGAUAGCAUGAUCCAUGCACUUGGGAUGUUGCUCGACUUUCGGAAAGCGUAAAAAUACAGUCGCCUACGGCUCGUGUAUUUUUACGCUUUCCGAAAGUCUCACAACAUCCCGCGUGCAUGGAUCACGCAAUCCUGCACGGAAAACCAUUCGGUAUUCCUUUAAUGUCAAAAUAGUUAUUAUUGAUAUAAUCUUGUAUACAGUAUAUAUGUAUGAUUUUUAUUAUUAAAUACAUUCUUUUGUAAAACUCCAAAGUUAUAUGUUGUGCUUCGUAUUCGAGAAAGAGCGAUGGGAACGGUAC